AUGGACUCCAAGGACAAGAAACCUGAUUCUUCAGAGACACCGCCAGGCACCAAGCGUGAGUUAGAGGAACUACUAGGAGCCAAGCCACCAGACACCAAAGAGGAGCUCCAGGAGGUACAACAAUACACAAGAUACAAAUUUACGACACUCUCUGACGUCUUUGCUGACGACUUUGCCCAAUACGUCAGAGAGGACUUCGAGGUUCUUGACAAGGACGUCAUUACCACCCUACGAGAUUGCCUACGGGCCAAUGAAGCCUAUAUCAAGAAAGGAAGAGGACUCUCAAUGGCCAAAGAAUUAGCGAACGUAAUUAAGAAAGAGAUCCUAUGGCCACCAGACGACGAAGACCGUCCCCCACCAAAACCAUCUCAUUACUAUCAGCAACCUCUGGGACAACCACUUCCUCUCCCCCCGCAGCAGCCUUAUCAGCCUUAUCGACCGAAGAACACUGUUCCUCUCCCCCCGCAACCGCCUUAUCAACCAGAGAAUACCACUCCAGUCCACCCUCCCCCCACUCCAAUUAUCGAGGAUACCACUCCAGUCCACCCUCCCCCCACUCCAAGCGACGGCCCUCCACAUCAGCCUCAACAACAGCCUGAGGAUACCACUACGCUUCUUCCCCCUUUCACCACAAACUACGGCCCAGAUUACCGAGUCCCACACCUACUACCCUUACCCUACCAAGUUAUUCAAGACUUCGAGAUCAAGGAACAGGCCGUUGCAGAGGAUAUCAAGGAACAGGCCGUUACAGAGGAUUCUUUAAAGAGCACUACGAAGAAGAGUAUUACAAGCAGCAGCCCUAUCAACACGAGCCAACUCUCUGCGGUUUCACGUCCGCGCACUAUAUCGACUCUCAGAGAGCCUACUCUCAGCACCGCUCAAACUCAGCAUACUUUAAAUCUCGGUCCACCUUUCACCUCCCAGCAUACUCAUUUUCUCACUUCACUUUUCGCCUCCCAGCAUACUUAUUUUCUCGCUCCACCUUUCGCCUCCCAGUAUACUCAUUUUCUCGCCUCUUAG